GCUCUGAAUGAAGAAUUCCACAAAAAUACACAGAUUCUCGGCCCGAGAAUGCUUACUCCGUUUGCGCGCUCAUGCGUAAAGGCAGGUAUAGUGUCCACGAUGUUGAGUGUUCUAAGGCAUGAGUGGCCUAGGCACCCCAACUACCAAGGGAGAUAUUACGCUCAGUACUGGACCAUGCAAGGCCUAUGUGCUCUACUGAAUUGCGGAAAUGAUUCCGAACGGCGGAGCUUGUUGAAAGAGAUGUUGGAAGAGGAUGUGGUGGGAUUGUGCUUACGAUUCAUGCAACACGGUUUAUGCGUCAUGCACCAUCUUGGCAUCAACGCUCUUCGCACCCUCGCGGAAGCAUUUUUGGGACACCACAUUAGCUCUAAUGUCGCUGCUGAAAUUGUCGAAGCAGUCUGUGAUUAUGCACUACGGGGACCAGAGAAUAUAGUCAAGCAAAUGAAUAAUCACGCAACAGCGUGGCAAAGCGCAGUAUUCAUGCACAAGAAUACACCGCCCGACGCUGUAAGCGAACGCACAUCGAGAGUCCAUGCUAUCACUCAAGAUAGCGGAAUGUGCACCUUGCUUGGUAUUCUGCAUCCUUUCUCCGUCCAACCAAGGAAUUUCUGUCUCGAUAUGCUCAGGCAUAAACCGCAAAUCCUUGAUCUGCUGCUUGAUUGUACUAUUCUUGACAGACAGCCGUGGUAUCCAGAGACUCAGGUCCCUUUGAAAGCCUGCAAGGCGUUGAGCCUACUAUUUGAUUGCCCGGAUUAUAUCAUACCGGGGCUUUCCACUCGGUUUUUGACAAAGUACGAAGAAUCAGAGGCUCGAGAUUACAAGACGAUAUCACAAGUAGUGGCCGUUCUGGCGUCGCGUCGAGACUGGAAUGAGAAGCUGAUUGAGGUCUGGAUGCACCUAGAAGAAGAAGAUAUAGAAAAAGUACAACGUUUGAAAAGGUCAUGGAUGAUUCCAAUGCAGCCCAACCGCUACGCUAAGGGGACACAACAAAAAUUUAUACGACUCGAGGUAUUACUAGGGGGAUGCCGUACGAUUAUAUUGCGUUUGAUCGCGACUAUUACACAUGCAGCGCAGUCGUGCGGCAUCACAAAUAUCCAGCUUGAGUCCCUCCUUCAUGUCGCGUACCGCAGCUUCCAUAUCGACUAUGAAGACGAAGACCUCGAAUCCGUUGAUUACGAGUAUGGACUGGUUCAACAUCCUACAACCUCCCAAUCGCCUACGGACCCUAAAGGUAUUCCACAUGCAAUCCCCAACAGAAGCAUUCUCGGCCCAAUUGCACUCAUUCAGAUACUCGUUGUCUUUGCACAACGGAAAGCACUUAUGGGAAUACAGACAAUCCGCAAAGCACCACCCGGACUUUCAUCUUCAACGUCACUUGACCACAUUCAACAGAUCACGCACCCGGACAUAAUUCGACGAGCGAUCAAAAUCUCACAGAAACGCAUACUCAGCACAAUGCAGAGAGGUCGGGAGUAUGUCAUAGACGAUAACAGCCUUACAUGUGCAUACUUUGCGAGCGCUGCUGAGCUCGCCGUGGCUUUGAUUGCGUUGGAUGCACACACAGAAGGCGAGUACACAGCGGACGUUCGUGGGGCACGGAAGCAACUUGUCAUUGCAUUGGGUAACGCCGCGCAGAUGGCGCUGAAUCUCGGACAAUACCAGCGGGCACUGCGUUUUGCGUCUGGUGCCGUCAGCGUUGCAGAAAACAUCCCGGCAGAUGAAGAUCUGGAUCCAGCAAUCACCGAGAAAAAUAAGAGACGAGUGAACCAAGCGCUCGCUAGGCUCGAAUAUCACAUAUAG